UAAAACGAUUUAAGGAACCAAAGGAAGAGAGGCGUCCCUGGAGGAUAUGGUUUUACGAUACCUCCAAGCAAGCAAUAGGUGCACUCUUCAUUCACUUUGCCAAUGUUUUUCUGUCAGAUCUCACUGAAGAGGACCCUUGCUCUCUCUACCUUAUUAAUUUCAUCCUUGAUGCCACGCUGGGGAUGCUGCUGAUCUGGCUUGGUGUGAAAGUUGUCUCCUGGAUCGUGCAGCAUAAGAAUUACACGUACCUGGUCUUCGGAGAAUAUGGUGACCCUCCACAAGCUGCUGCCUGGAUUGGCCAGUGUAUCCUCUACUUGCUCAUAAUGGUUUUUGAGAAGACUGUGAUUAGUCUUGUCCUGCUUAUCCCUGGUUGGACAAAGCUUCAGCAGAUCCUCCUGGGUUACAUCCCAAACCCCCAGCUGGAGCUUGUCCUGGUCAUGCUUGUUGUGCCUUUUAUAGUCAAUGCCAUUAUGUUCUGGGUUGUGGACAGUUUGAUCAUGAGGAAGUAUAAGCAGAAGGACACACUGGAUAUCAAUGGAUCCAUAGAAACUCCUCGGGCUAGGAGGACUGAGGAAUCUCAG